CCUCCAAUAGGACCUGAAGAGGGAAAAGUUGUAGCCCGUAGCGUUUACACUUCUUUCUGCGAAGCUUUAAAACUCCUCAAGCGGCGCCAGCUAUGGAGAGGAACCGUGUCAAAAUGCCCGUCUGACAUUUCAAGACAUAGAAGAUGCCCGGCUUAGUGUCAUGCCCCGGUGGUCUGUUGGUAUUUUGGAUCCUCAGUCUUUCCUGUGUCCACAUCGACUCUGAGAUCUUGAGCAAUGAAGUUUCAGACGUGCAGUUCGGCACUCUGGGUUCCACCGUGACGUUGACCUGCAGAGGCGCUCACCAAGGGUCGGAGGUGUUAUGGACACACAACGGGAGCUUAGUAAAGGCGAGGCAGUCUUACCUCUCGGACGGCUCUCUGACCCUCACCAACACUACGCACAGCAUGGAGGGUAACUACAGCUGCCUCGAGCCGAGAGAUGGAGUCCUGCUGCAGAGCAUCACGCUACGUCUAGGCUAUGCCCCUGAAUAUCUGAGCGUUUCCUGCAAACUGCCGAGUCACUUCAAAAUGGUGUGCACGUGGACGCAAAGAGUGAGGACACACUUACCCACCAAGUACAUCUCCUCAGUAAGUGCGGAUAGCGGCAUACCAGAAACCUGUGAGCAAAAGGUGAUGGAGGUGAACAAGUGCAUCAUCAGCAACCCUUUGUUCUGGGCCAGCAAACAUCUGGUGAACAUCACGGAAGUCAAUCCACUCGGCUCCAAAUCCACCAUAACUUACGUGGACAUCAACAAAAAUUUAAAGCCUGAUGCUCCUGAAGAACUGAUCUGCACCGGAGUGUACGCCGAGCCCAUGCAGCUGCACAUCGAGUGGAAGCCUCCCACAUCGUGGCCCUCGGAUGUGUCCGAUGCGUUUCCUCUGAAGUUCGAGCUACAGUACAGACCAGUCGGGUCCAAAUACUGGUCCAAGAUGGAGACAGAGGACACGAGUAUGGUGAUCCUGGACGCCCUGAUGGGUCACUUACAUGAGGUGCGAGUACGAGCCCAGGACGGUCUCAUUAACCACAGCCAGUGGAGUGAGUGGAGUCAGGUGGUGCAGGGCCAGCCCUGGAACGAUCCUUCCAUGAUACCUGAAACCACCACAGAACUUUUUGAGCCAAUCUUCCCUUCCACGUUUCCAGUGAAGGCAACAGAGAAUUCUAAAGAGUCAUCUAUAGAUGAGAAUGGAAGUCAGGCUUUGAUCAUCCUGGGCCUGUUGAUAGCAGUAAUGGCGGUGGUGAUGGUUACGAUCACAGCCCUACUAUGUGCGAGGAACAGGAGGCAGGGCAACGUGACAAAACAGGAACUAACCUCAAUGGUGAAGAUGAAGUCCUUGCUAAUCUAAAAUUUUCAGGUUGGCCUCGUCUUUUUCAGCCCUCAUAGGGCUUCAUCAUAGGGAGUCAUGGCCACUGCCACUGCAGCGCUAAAACCCACACUACAUCGCCCGCAGUUUCACUUCUCUCCUGCCGCUGCUUGGGGAAUUGGCUCCUUUCAGUGGAGUUCUAAAUCCCAUAAACUGUGAAACCCCCCCUUCCAAUGUAGCACAACUUAACAAAGAACAGUUACUGGCUUUCAUUGUUUGACGUGCAACGCAGAUUUUUUUGCCAGCUUUGGACCAUGAACCCCAGCAGGUUUUUUUUUUUUUUUUUUUUUAACUCAAUGCAUCUGCACUUAUCCGUCGCUUCAGCUUUUCCAUGCAGACUCGUGCCAUUUGGCUGCAGUGACACUUGGAACGCUGUGAAGAAAAAAAAAAUGAAAAAAAGAGAAGCGCGGUUGUUUAACCAGUCGCGGGCCGUGUCUUGGGCAUUAAGAAUACAGUCGACAUUCUCUACAUUUCAAUGCAAGGGACGGAGCUCCCGCACCUGAACAUAGCUGCUACACGCGGACAGGAGAUGUUUUGCAGACAGCUGACUGAGCAAAGCUGAGCAUUUCAAGGAGUUUGUAUUCUGUUCACAUUGAGAUGAAGAUUUCUGCGUCGCUUCAUUUCUUCAGCCUUUAAGUCCUUGUUUUUUUUUUUGUUUGUUUGUUUUUUUUAAACCCGGUUGAAGCAUCUGCAAAUUAAUCCUGUGCUUGAUUAUUGAACCCAACGUUGCCUUAUAACUAAAUAUAACCUCGGCUUCAGCAGUAAAAACCCACCUCUCGUAUAAGGGUUGUAGGCAGGGCCAAUAAUAACCGUCUUCUAGACCGCUGAGACAGUAAGUUGGCAUCCUACAAGACCACACACCAAUAUCGGCGCUCUGAAUCAAUGUAGUUAAUAGUGGGGUUUUUUUCUUCUUCUUCUUUACUUACCUCAACAUCGAUUAUAUAACUGUUUUGGGAAAAGUGAAAAUGAGUUUUCACCGAGUGUGGAAACAGAAAGUGAACAUAUAACUACUUGGCCUUGUAUUAUUAACACACCCACUCAGGACAUAACCACAGCCAGGGCAAAACCAGCAGCAAGUUUCUAAUGAGUCUCUGUACUGUUCUGUACAUUUCAAUAUUGUUCAUUUUCUUAUUGGUUUCACUAGUAACCAUGACGAUCUACGAAGCUGGAUUUCUGCUGGUGGUUUGCGUGGAUGCUGAUGAGCGUUUAAUGUGCAUAAAAAGGCAUCCGAAUAGGUUGCAGUGUAUCUUGGCUAGCUUGUGUUCAGAGUGACCAUUUCCAUAGAAGCACGAUUCCCGCCUCAGCAACUAGUCAUUUAAAUUUACAUUCGACUACUCAAAUGCAAAUUACUUCUGAAACGGUAACCCGGCCAGGACUUACUGUAGAACCGGUUCCAGUAGGUUCGGUGUGGAAGUUCUCUGGAUUUCAGUAGCCUACUCACAAGUGCAAGUUUUAUUUGCAUAUUCCUUUGGUUUUUAAAAGGAUUAUGUCUGUAGCCUGGAUGCCUGGAAUAAGCAAGAGCUGUUAAUCUUUUAAUUGUACUUGCGAGUAGGUUCAAUUCCCAGAGAAAGAAAACCCUGCCAACAUUUGAUGACGGUUUUUAUUCGGUAUGAAUGCAUCAGAAUUUCACUGCCUGCUGCUCUGCAAGAAUAAAACCAGCCCAGUCUGGUGGUUUAUACAAGUACUCUGCAGGGUAAAGGGCAACAGGGGAACGUUUCAGAACCAGGUAUCUGAAAACACUGACAAGACCGUGCAAAAAUUAAAUAAACGCUCGCACAAGACGCAUGUAAUAUCAUACAGUUAACCACAUUAGAGUCUGUUGAUGUGAACACUGGGUCAAUCCAUGUAUCUCAGUUUUUAAUAUCCAUCGCACAAUAGUCCAUUAGUGCAGUGUAAGAUUUUGUAAGGGUGUUCUCAUUUAAAAUACACUCACACACACACUACUACUUUGGCCUGAAUCCUUGUUUGCCUUAACUCAAGCGCACUAGCUUUAUUCACACAGGAUGCCAAAACGUUCACAGCAGUUCCUGACUGGUUAUUCUCCUACCAAGCCUUUAAAGCAAAAAAAUAAAUAAAUAAAUAAAAUAAAAAGACCUUCCGAAAUCUAUUUUCAAGCUAAUGUAUAUUCCUGAUAUUGAGUCUGUAUUAAAGCUUAUCUUUAACAGUUUUAAUAAUAUAGUUUUAUGUUAGUUGUUAUUGUACAAAAUAUUUUCUAUCAAAUAUAUGGAUGUUUUUUUUUGUUGUUUUUUUUUACCGUUUCCAGUGUCAUAAAGCUUAAACUCACGCAUGUGUGCUUUCCGGUGUUGCUUCUUAUAUGUGUAUCUGUAACAAGCACAAAUAUUGUUUAAUCUGUACAAAUUCAAGAUUGUGCUGUAUCGAAAGAAAUAUUUUCUAUUGGGGACGGGAAUCAUCAGGGAGCUCCCGAUAUAUGAAUGAUAUUAUCACGAUACCUAGGUGCCGAUUUGAUUUAUAUCGCGAUUCUAUAAAUAUCCAGAUUCAAUAUGGAUUAAAAAAAAAUUUAUUCAGAUUUUAUUCGAAUUCUAAACUUUGCAAAUAAUUUGCUCCUAACACACGGUGCUGUGAUAUGGGACUAGUUUAGAGUGCACCACCUGUAGGUUUAUAGAGUAACAGCAACAUUUCACCACUUCAAAUGCAACACAUUAUCUAUAUAUACACACACACACACACAUAUAUAUAUAUAUAUAUAUAUAUAUAUAUAUACAUUUAAAAAACUAAAUUUUGGAGUCAGUGUGAAUUGUCAUACUAAAGAAUCACGAUAUGUGACUGAAUCUUUUUUUUCCGAAAAAAUCUUGGUUUACGAUGUUAAGUGUGUGUUUUAUCUCCUAAUCAGGGCUUUAAACAACAUGUUAACAUAAGGCGUUAGAAAGGACGCAAGCUGUCUGGCGGGGUGUUUUUUUUUUUUUUUUUCAUUCACUCCAGUGAAUUAUGUUGGCGUUAUUUGCUUUAAACACCAUGGUGCAGAAACAUUGUCUAAGGCAACAGUGGCUCAGUGGUUAAAGUUAUCAAUGAGAAUGUGGCGAGUUUCAGUUCCUGAUGUCUUUAAAAAAAAAUGCUUCAGUUCUCCUCUAUAUUGUAAAUUUCUCUGGAAUUGAUUUAAAUCCUUAAUUAAAGACAGAAAAUCCAGAGAAGGCUUGUACAUUGAGGUUACACUGACUCGCUUGUAAGUCGCUUUGGAUAGAAGCCUCAUGCAAAUGGGAAAAUGUAAAUGCACAGGUGCUUCCUAUGUUCAGUCUUGUGCAAAGAAAUUCCAUGAAAAACACUGAGAUGCAAAAGUGACACUAAGAAAGAAACUACAGGACAGGACAUUAUAGGAAAAUAAUAAAGUUCAUUAUUUUCCUUGACCGUCAUGGAUGAAACUUAUUGUUUCAGAAACGAGGAAUGACGAUUCAUACAUUAUACAUUUUAAUCUGUGGUCACGUUAAAUACCAUGGAAACGUCUACAAAAGCACUUGCACUAGAACAGCUGUAAAAAUGAAGUCUAAUAAGAAAAAAAAAAACCUUGUCUUGUAACCGAAAAAGCCAUAAAGGAUAAAGCACUCUGACCUACUCGUACUGUUCACCACGUAUUUUUUUUUUUGUUUAACAUGUUGUAAUAAAUGUGUUUCUUAGAUUUGAACUGUGUUCCAUAGCCAUCACAAAUCCUUAUAAAAACAGUAUUAUCUUAGAGGCGGUGUGUUAACAUAAACCGAGGAUUUGAAUUACAGCCAUCACGACCGUCAGAGCCGUAUUUAAAGCAAAUUAACAACUACAAUACUCUUUCUUCGCAUGUCGCAGCCUGUUUAGGAGCCCAUGAUGGAGCAGCACUGGGAUUUGAACUCCCACUAUUCUGAACCUUAACCACUGAGCCACUAUUUUCUGUGAGGUAGAUGAACUGAAUGAGAAGUCAGGUGAUACUUAAUCAGGAGUGAUCAUACCUUGUAUGUAGUGUAGUGUUAAUCACACGCCAUGUUAAUGAUGGUGCUUUAAAUUUAUUUCGAUUAGUAGGGGAGCGAAACGUCUGAUCGAGGAGUUGGGGACGUUAGGAAACAAGGACGUGAAAUUGCUUUGGGAUUAAAUUAAUGCAUUUUAAAUCUAACAUACGAUAGUGAGGCAUCAUUAUAUCCUUCAUCAGUUGGUGCUUUUGGAAUAUUUAGAACUCUGUAGUGCCUUGUUUAGUCCUCUUGUUUAGUACUGUACAGAUUACGUAUCUACACAUGUUGAGGAAAAUAGUUGUGUGAGUCAGACACAUAGGGAAGGAAUCAAUUUGAAGAGGAAUGAGGAAAUAUUCUGCAUAAUAUCGCUGAUAUUUUGGCUGGACGUCAGACAGCAGUAAAUGCAGUGGUGAUAUAUUCACAACCGUCUUGUGUUUAGUAUAAUGUUAGAAAGAUACAACUGAUAUAAAUGACUGGCAGAGGCCGGCGGACUGUGGAGUUGCUGCAUAGUUGCUGCCUGAAACCACCUCGACUAUUGCUUUCAAACACCUGCUACAUGCCGCGGCGGGAAGGCAGAUCAUGCAAUUGUGCAUAGUAGUCAGUAAAUACCGCGUGAAAAAAUCUGCACACCACUCUGGUUAUGUAACGCAACACCAGGCAAAAAUGUAGUGAAGUAGAAAGUACAAAUAUUUGUUGUAGGAUGUAGUGGAGUAAAAGGAAAAAGUAUCCACUAAUAAAAUCUGCUGUCGCCUCGAUAAUCCUGAUAUAACGCGCGUUAUACUAACCCUACUGACGCAUUAAGAGCAGUCGCUCUUAUCUAUGACUUUGGUGUGCAUUAGUUCUACAAGGUGCAAUCUGACAUUGUGUGAUGUCUCUGGAUGUGACCUAAAAAUAAAACACAGCUGGAACAAGAAGAAUGUGGCUUAUCUCUCACUCUCCAAAUGAAUCAGGACCCUGAAACUGCAUGCAUGUUUUGACUUGAUUUGAAGCAUGACUUUAGAUCAUCUGGCGUCUGAUGCUGUUUUGUUGCGGAGGUGCCGCUCUGCCUAUCUAAAAAAAUAUCGAAAAAUAAUAAUGAUGAUAAUAAUAGAAAUAAUAAUAAUAAUAAAAAUAAUAAUAUUAGAGUGAAAGAGCAUUUCAGGACGCUUUCGGAUGAGUUGUGUCAAAUCAUUUCAGUUCAUAUUCUCACAUAAACUGUCCUUAGUGUUGUCACCUUUAACGUUUUGUCGCUUGUGUUUUUUUUUUUUCUUUUCUUUUUUUUUUGUUUUGGUGUGUGCGUGUGUACCGACCUGUUUAAUGCAUGAUGAUGGUGAAAAGAAAGAUAACGAGAAAUGUAUGUAUAGUAUAUUCUGCUUUUGUGUACAAUAUAAGCUGGUUUAUUACUCCUCUGUUCAUAUUCUUGUGAAAUAAAAGUUAUUUUAUCACA